AUGUCCUCCACUAGUUCUGGUCAAAGAAAAGUUCGGAAAUAUGGGGAGUUUUCGAGUACAUCGAAGGCAUCGUCUUUGUUCGACGCAGCAUUCUCUGGACCAGAAUCUAAACGUAAGCCAGAGCGAUCGCUAAUCACAAGUCGCGUUUAUUCGCAGUUACCCGAUGAUUCUUUGUUACCAUCAGUUUCGGACACCACAAAUAUCAGAAGAACAUCCCCACCUCAGGUGUUUUCUCCGCCUAUCAGUUUACCCGAGAGCACUUCCACAGAUGGCGGAGCUGUUGAACCUGAUUCGAACCUGGACUGUAGUGAUACAGAACAAGAUUACUCGCCAUUAUUUGAAAAGCCAUGCAGUAGCAAAAUGUUCACAACAGCUUCAGAUAGUCACAAAAGUAUAUCUUCUAUUGUAAAUGAGAAAAGCAGUAAUCCAUUCGACUUUGAUGAGGAUGAUGAUUUACCUUUGCCAAAAAAAGCCAAGACAGAAGACGAAGCUCCAACAAAUGCUGGAAAGUUUUUUGCUCAAAAAUCAUCUAGACCUGUUUAUAAUCAUAAAUGGACGGAGUUAGAUGAUGAAGAAGAAGAGAUGAAGCCUCCUGCUCGUACUUCUGGUCAGACGUCAGUUUAUAGGUCAAAUUCCAGUUCUGUAACUGUAUUUGGUAAACAACAACAAUCCAAACCACUCAGUAGGGGAGCUCCAGUAUAUUCACGAGAAGGAUCUUCACGAGUUCGAAAUGUCAAAGACGCUCAUCAGUGUUUAGAAUCAGGGGAACAUGAUGACUUUAAACAAGACUUGGAAUAUAUCAUGAGUACAAUGAAAGCAGACUCAUCUUUGAACAUCAAAUGCCUUAGUGCGCUCUCAUUGGCAAAAAAGUGCGUAUCAUCAGAAUUUCGACAGUUCAUUAGGAGUGAAGGUCAAGUUGCAGCUAUUUUUAAAAAUAUGGGUGAAGCUCCAUCUGAUCAAAACUUUGCUAUUUGCGCUGCAACUAUCAUAUACUUAAUGUCGAGAGAUUUUAUUCCAUUCCCUGUAGAUUCUCAAUCAUUACGCCUUGUUUGCCAACUUUUACGGAUUGAAAAAAUCGAAGACAACUCAGAGCAAGAGAAAUACAAAAAAAUGGUUUGGGGAGUCUUCGAAGAAUAUUUAAAGAAAAUGGAGUCUCUCGGAAAAAAAGUUGUAUUUGAUAUAACAUUUGAAAAUAUUUCGCCAUCUUUUCUGGUGAUGGAGGCUUUGGUUUUUGUUUUGUCUCGUUCACCAACUGAAGGAUUUAAAACGGAACUGCUUAAUUUGGGUGCUUUACCAUGGGUUGUUGCUAAAGUAGAGAAAGUUGUAUUACGGCUUAUACAUGACAAGAAUUUGAACCAAGAAAUUGACUCCUGUCUAAUAAUACUAGAAAGAUGUUUCCGCAUCCUCGAAACGUCUACUUUUCUUCACAAAAAAAAUCAAGCUUUCCUGGUUUCGCACAGAGCAAGUGUACUCAUUCAGACAUGUGGAAAACUUCUUCCUGUUAUCCAUUCCUCGAUCGAAGCGAAAGCAAACGAUUCUAAAUUGACAAAUCGCUUUAUGGCUACCUUAGCUCUAAUGACAAGGGUCCUUAUUAACAUGUCACAUGAGAAUGAACUGUGUUCGACUAAACUUGGCCAAAUGCCAGGAUUCCUGUCUUUGUGCUUAUCAUCUACGACUUAUUUGGCUCGGAAGUUUGGAGAGGAAGAUAAGAAGUUCGACGUGAAUGUUCUGUGCUGUUCGUUGCUCGUUAAUUUGGUUGAAAGAUGUGAUGCCAAUCGGCGUAAAGUAAUCGAUUCUACUGUGAAAGUUCACCUGGAAGAUGGUGAAGCACUCGAGUCUAAUGGUCUAGAUGCGCUGACUAAAUUGUUUUGCAUCCAUGAAUCAAAAGCACGUGUGGUCGAUGAAGAAUUAGAUCAAGAUCUUGCCUUUGAGGAGGGAACAGAGGAUUCGGAAGAAGAAACAAACGAUGAACCUGAAAAUUCAGGAAAGCUUGACAGAGGGAAGUUCGAUGAUAUGAACGAAUUUGAAAUGCUUCAUGCUGUUCAAAAUGCCAUGAAUAAGGCUAGCUCCCAUAUGGAAGACAGUGUCGCCGCAUCAUAUUUGGCUCUUCUCAUCGGAUGCCUUUUACAGCAGAAUGAGGAGUACGUGGACUUGGUCAAAGAACAUUUACCAAACAAAUCACUUUCUAUAGUAAUUGAACAAUUGCAUCGAUUCUUGGAAUUUAUGAAGAUCUCGGCAAAGAAAAGUAAUGGGUGGCGAUCUGUUGAAAAAAUAGCAGAUCUGUUAGAAACACUUAACUAA